UCAUCAUUCAUUUCUCUCUCAAAGCAGUUGCACUCACCAUUUCUCUCAUCUUGAACUCACGAUUCUGUUCUAAUUUCUUAACCUAAGAGGCAAUGUCUGUGUACUCGGUGAAGGUGGAGGAAUCGCGGCCGGCUGAUGGUGAUAAGCCGUCGGCGGGACCUGUUUAUCGGUGCAUUUAUGCGAAAGAUGGAUUGCUUGAGCUUCCGGCUGAAAUGUUGUCCCCCUGGCAGCUCUUCAGUGAUUCUGUGGAGAAGAAUCCAAAGAAUCGCAUGUUGGGUCGACGCCAAAUAUCUGAGGCGAAGGCUGAUCCUUAUAUUUGGAUCACAUACCAAGAGGCAUAUGACACAGCUCUAAAACUUGGUUCUGCGAUUCGGAGUCGUGGUGUCUUACCUGGAGACAAGUGUGGUAUCUAUGGUUCCAAUUGCCCAGAAUGGAUCCUUUCAAUGGAGGCAUGUAACAGCCAGUCCAUAACAUAUGUGCCUCUAUAUGACACACUAGGUGCAAAUGCAGUUGAAUUUAUUAUCAACCAUGCAGAGAUUCAAAUAGCUUUUGUCCAAGAGAAUAAGAUACCAUCAAUACUCGCAUGCCUCCAAAGAUGUAAUUCACAUCUCAAGACCAUUGUAAGCUUUGGAGAGAUUUCGAUUUCAAGCGAAGAGAAGAAGGAGGCGGAAGGUCUUGGUGUAUCAUUCUUCUCUUGGAAAGAAUUUGCAAAUUUGGGAAAUGUUCAUGAAAAACUUCCUCCAAAACAGAGGAAUGAUGUUUCCACGAUAAUGUAUACAAGUGGAACGACUGGAGAACCUAAAGGAGUUAUAUUAAGCAACGAGGCCAUAGUGUUGGAAGUUGUGUCCACGAUUCACCUUAUGCAAGUGACCCACAAAGCGUGUGCUGAAGAUGAUACAUACUUCUCAUUCCUUCCUUUAGCACAUAUUUAUGACCAGAUCGUUGAGACGAUUUGCUUCUCUAGGGGAGCAUCCGUCGCGUACUGGCGAGGGGAUGUCAGAUAUUUAAUGGAUGACCUUGUUGCAUUGAAACCAACUAUGUUUUGUGGGGUUCCAAGGGUUUAUGACCGCAUAUACACAGGUAUAAUGGGCAAGAUUUCAGCUGGGGGUGCACUUAAAAAGGCCAUCUUUCAGUAUGCCUAUAAUUAUAAAUUGAGGAACCUAGAGAAAGGAUUGCCCCUAGACAAUGCUGCUCCACUCUUGGAUAAGCUGGUCUUUGAUAAUAUCAAACAAGGACUUGGAGGAGAACUGCGAAUCCUAUUAUCCGGUGCUGCCCCUUUACCCAGCCAUAUCGAGGAGUUUCUCAGGGUGUCUAGCUGCUGCCAUUUGUCCCAAGGAUAUGGGCUUACUGAAAGCUGUGGUGGAUGUUUUGCAUCAAUAGUGAAUGUGUAUUCAAUGAAGGGGACAGUUGGAGUUCCCAUGCCAACUAUUGAGGCCAGGCUCGAAUCCGUGCCAGAGCUUGGAUACGAUGCUCUCGCCACCGUCCCACGUGGUGAAAUCUGUAUCAGGGGAAAGACAUUGUUCUCCGGUUAUCAUAAAAGACAGGACUUAACUGAAGAAGUUCUUCUCGAUGGAUGGUUCCAUACAGGCGAUGUUGGAGAAUGGCAACCUGAUGGCACAAUGAAAAUAAUCGACAGGAAAAAGAACAUCUUCAAGCUCUCUCAAGGGGAAUAUGUAGCUGUAGAAACCAUUGAGAAUGCUUACAUGCAAUCCCCUCUAUUAACCUCUAUUUGGGUUUACGGUAACAGUUUCGAGUCAGUUCUCGUCGCAGUGGCAGUUCCCGAGAGAAAGCCUCUCGAGGAAUGGGCUUCCAACAAUAACGAAGAAGGAGAUUUCAAAACUUUGUGUAGUAAUCCAAGGGCGAAAAAAUACAUAAUGGAUGAACUCAAUAAAACAGCUCAAAACUACAAGCUUAAAGGGUUUGAAAUGAUAAGGGCAAUUCAUUUGGAGCCCAAUCUAUUUGACAUGGAUAGAGAUCUCAUCACACCCACUUUUAAACUCAAAAGGCCACAGCUUCUCAAAUUCUAUAAGCAUGAGAUUGAUGAAUUAUAUAAUGAAGCCAAAGCAAGAAAGGAGUGAAAAGAAGUAAACAAUCAGGCAGGAAUAAUGAUCAACUAAGUUUUUAUUUUUAUUUUUAUUUUUAUCAUAUAUAAACUAAACACAUAGAUAAACAUAUUGUGUUAUUUAUUAUUAUUAUUAUUAUUAUUGUAAGCUGCAACAUGAUUUCUCAAAUGUUGUAGUAUUAAAACUAUUUGAAAUAUUAUUGUUGUGCUUUAUUUAAGUUAUAAUCUAAGUUCGUAUAUCUAGCUAUGCUA